CUCGAGCCUCAGAUGAUGGUGGUUUCCAUGGUGAAGCGGUUCUUCCUCAUAGAUGUCGAUACACUGUGUGUACGUGCCAUGCAGCUCGUCCCACCUGCUGUAUAAAGCCGGAGGAGGCUGGGAUGCUGAGCGUCUUCUUCUGGCAAGCCAUCAGACAACUUCACUUUGAGGCAACUAUAUAAGCUGUGAAAAUGGUGACAGGAGGUUUUCUGCAAAUGCUGAGGAAAAAGAAGGAGCUCAUUCCUCUGAUCGGCUUUAUGGCUUUUGCCGCCGCUGGAGCCACAUCUGCUAGUCUUUACUUCUUAUUCACCAAACCUGAUGUGAUUCUAAACAAAUCCCAAAAUCCAGAGCCUUGGGAAAGAGUUGACCCAUCAACCCCACAAAAGCUCAUCACUAUAAAUCAGCAGUGGAAGCCAGUGGAGGAGCUCCAGCUCGUGAAGAGUCUGACCAAGUAAUCGCAUCGCCUCCAUCCUGAGACCUCCAUCCAUCCCUUCAUCCCUCCAUCCCUCUCUCUCCCCCGCUCGCCCUCUGCUCACCAGUCUCGCGGAAUCUUUUCCGCACAGACUCGCGCUCAUAGGCUCAGUGUGCGGAAACGCUUCUGCUGUAUUGGUGAGAUCUCAUCGCAUGGGCGGUGCGUAGAGCACAUGCGCUCACUCGGGGAAGGGGAGUGGAGUGGGAGUGGGUGGUCGAUUGAUAUAUUUGCGUAUAUAUGUGAUUUGCAUAUAGCUGAUUUGCAUAACAUGCAGCGUUUUACUGCACUGUGCUGAAUUGUAAUGCAUUACUGUAAAGUAAUUAACUGUUAUGAAAUAACAUAUAUAAAUGUACAUAUUGAUACUGAAUAAAUAUAUGUGUUUAUCAAAAA